AUGGUCAGUACUUCCAACACCAGACGACAGCAUCACCAGCCACAGCCACAACAGCAGCAGCAGCAGCAGCAACAACAACAACCUCUGUCAGAAAAGACUUCCUACGAGGCCCCCUACUCCUACCAAUCUUCGGCUCCCACCGUCCCUCCAAUCCCCGCCUCCUCUGUAUACGGCGAGGAAGAGUUCGAAGACGUCGAUGAUGACGAUAUUAGUGACUUCGACGAAGAAGAGCUCCGCCUCUCCUACGAGCAAUACAGACAGAGCAUCAGGCAUCCGGACGUGACGUCACAGCUGCUCAACUUUGCAGACGUGGUCAGCGCCGACAUAAAGAAGUUCUUCGGAAGGGCAAAAGACCAGGAGGAUUCUUGUGAUGUCUACGAAGAUAAAUGGGCAACCACGAAGUCUGGACGAGAGCUUUAUUACGCGGAUUUAUUGAGAAUAGCGCAAGGAGAUUCAGAACCAGCCAGUAAAAGUAAUAAAGAAUCCUGCAAGGAUAUGAUCUCCUCUUCCUCAUCGCCUUCUUCGUCUUCAUUAUCUCCUCGAGAGGAUUUGGAUAACCGAACAAAGUUUAGUGGCAAGAGGAACGAUACUAUCGGAAUGGGUCCAUUGUCAGAACUUUUCGAUUUUGGUUUGAAACAUUUUUUACAGGACAGGAAACACCGAAACCCGAACGUAUCUGGGAAGGCAAAGAUUUCCACCCUCGGUCUAAACAGUUAUUCAGAGGCCACCCGUUCAAGUUUGGUUCCCAUGACCGAAAGGAAAUUCCCGGAAAGCUUUUGGCGCGAGCCGGGAACAAACGUUCUUCAUAGCUUGACGGAACCAAAUCGCACCGAUAUUUCUCAGCUCACUGCUCUGACUGCCUCGAAACUUCCAGAUUUCAGCGAUCUAGUGGAGAGUUGGCAAGGUGGGGUUGAGGGUAUGGAGUCUGUGAGUGUGGGUCAUGAGAAGACAACUCGUCUGGAAAUGUCGAUGGAUCAUCACAGAUUGUGACCACGAACGAGUCUAUGACGUUUGUUGAUGGAGGUGUGAGGGUGAUUGUGUGUUGUCUGUGGGAGUUUUUGUGUAUUACGUUUACUUAUCUCCAUCUCUCUCCUCCUUCUUUCUCUCUCUCCCCCCCCUCUCUCUCUUU